UGAGCAUUGCGUGCGAUGAGACUUGAGGAGUGCAAGGAAACGGUUUCUGCUAAUUCACAAUAAAAGGGAAGGGAGGAUAUGCGUAAUGACUGGUUGGGAUCUAUACGAUCAUUCUUUUCUUUUCUUUUCUUUCUCCUUUUCUUUUUCUUUUUCAUAUUCCGUUUUGGAUCAACAGCAUCUCCAUCACUGUCAUAGUCAUGACUAUUUUGCAUCUUCUCUGCACAUGCCACGGCGCUUGCGGUGUUUUUGAGAGCC